AUGAUGGGUUACGUGAAAUGUAGCUAUACCCAAGCUUUCUUGCAAAACAAUAUCACAGUUUCGUUAUUACCCGAUAUCAAUGAGGAAUAUAUGGAUAAACUAGGAAUCUAUGCAAAAUCAAGAGACGAAGAUACUAUAAGACAAGAACUAAGGAAAGAAGAUAAUAGAAAACAAAAUUGCAUAGAUACUUCAGUCGUUGAGGAAUUGGAGCAUGUUCAAAUGUCUUCUGCAACUCGUCCUUUGUCGGUUUCGAGUGAACACGGGUUUAUUCACAAUGAUCAAAAUAGUUUACUGGAUGAUGAUGAGGACGAUAGAUAUGGUUCUAGCUAUCUUUCCGAGGUUGAGUCACGUUCUCCGAGCUUUGACCUCCAACGUUCUUCUCAGUACAGUUCGACAAUCAACAGCAUAGUCCUCCAUUACAAAUCACAUGGAGGAGUGACUCCCAAUUCGAAGCAGGAUAAUGAUAGUAUUCAUUCGUCCAAUUACACAAAGUCGGUAAGUUCUCAGGGAGAGUUGAAUCGAAUCAUUGCGGCUAAUAGUUAUGUAAGUGAGGUAUUGGAAGGGGAUGUGGAAGAGCAGCCGCACCCUCUCAAUUUGGUUCCCAACAACUGGAGCAGUCAGGAAGAGAUGUAUUCUCGCGCUCACCCUGAAGAUGCUGAAGAUUUACAUGUUAUUUGCGAUCUGCUGAACUCAGGAUUGAUUUUGUUAGAAGAAGAAAGUAAUGGAAAAUCGCUUGUCCAAAUCUUGGAAGGCAUCAUAACAAAAUAUAAUAAACAAAAAGGAGUUGAUUCUGGUUUGGAUGCGCGUCGUUUAGCUUCGGAUAAAGGUCUUGUUUACCUAAAUGGAUUUCUAUUGAUCGAAAGUGUUCGAGAAAGCCAAGUGUUUAACGAUGUUUUGUUUGCGCGACUUACACAGCGAUCUGUUAUUCCAGAGCAGGAUUAUCAACAACUCAAGUCUUCAUUUACGAUUUCUUCGAUUCCUAGAUUCGUUUUCAUAAUCUCAUCGGAUGCAUCCCAUAGUUUAUGGUCUCAUAAUCUGUUCACGCUGCUAUCAAAGGUCGUUACUGAUCAGUCGCUUUAUUCCGACCUUUUCCUGGCAAAAUCGCGAGCAGAUGUUAUCCACGCUCUGGCUGAUAUGGCUGUGAGGAUCCAGAGAAGGGUGAGUGUAGAAAGUCUCAAGAAGCAUCCGAAAGGGAAAGAAAAGAAGAAAGGGUUGUUUUGUGGGCUGAAGAAGGAUGUUGCAACCCGAUCGCGCUAUUAUUGGUCGGACUUCGGAGAUGGAUACACAGUGAACACGAUCUUGAAAACAUUUCUCAUCUUCAUUUCCCAGCUCGGUCCGACUCUUAUCUUUGCUGUGUUGAUUCACAAAUAUUCUCAUGGCAACAUCGGGACCGUUGAGACUCUCCUCGGCCAGAGCAUUACCUCCAUCAUUUGGGCUUUUCUGGGAGGACAGCCGAUGAUUUUAAUGGGACUCACGGGACCGAUCGCUAUUUUUGUGGGAGUUCUGUACGAUCUCUCGGUGUAG